AUGUCGAAAGACAAACGCCGCAGCAUCUUCUCCCUGGGCGCCCUGACCGGCCUCCAGAUCCCCAAGGAUGAGUCGCAGCCCGCGAACCUCCUGCGCAAGCGCCGCACCGCCUCCUUCAUGUCCAACCUGUCCGACAUCUCCCAGCACCUCGAGCUGCCGUCGCUGGACCUGCCCAAUGGCCCCUCGCCCGCCGACGCGCCCCUGUCGCCGCGCCCGACGCUGUCGCGAGGCAGUGGGAAGCGCGCCAGCUCCGUCUUCGGCUCGCUGCGCAGCUACAAGAUCGACGACGAGCCUCCCUCGGCGAGCUCGACCCGCACCUCGAUGGGCUUCGAGUUCCUCGUCGACGAGGCCCACAACCGCCAAGUCCUGCACUACGGCGAGGUCCAGACCAGCAGCUCCAUGUUCCGUAAGAAGAAGGAGUACCUGGUCCUGACCGAGACCCACCUGAUGCGCUUCAAGAGCCAGUCCAAAGCCGCAGAGGCCUUCACCGCUAUCCCCUCGCCCUACCGCCGCGUGUCCUCGUACAGCCACACCCAGACCCCGUCGACGGGCUCCUCACACGAUCUCCAAUCCCUCGCCUCGGAGAUCUCUGGCGACCGCGGCCAUGGCACGCCAUUGCGCCAGGUCGUUGCCAUCUACCACCUCGACGAUGGACGGCCGCACUUUGCCGUCGAGAUUUUCUGCCUGGACGACGAAACGAACAACGCUGCGUCCAUGACACUGCAGUUUGGGGACCCUGACGAGAUGCACGAAUGGCUCGCCAAGAUACGCGAAGCUGCCAACCGCGCACGACUAGCCGACGAAAACCCAAUCUCCGCAUACAACUCGCAUCUGGCGGCCCGUGUGGUGGAGGCCGAGCGCGACUACGUCCCCCCGCACUAUGCCAUCUACAAGGUGGUGGUCAGACCCCAGGGCAAGGCUACAUCGAGAGCGUCGUCAGACGACCUGUCCAAGGUGUCUGCCUCUGUGUGUUUUCUGGCCAUAGGAGUGCAUAAAGUGCACCUCAUACCCCUUUUCAAACCGCCCUCCCAACGAACCUCUAGUCCCUCUCUAUCGUCCUACAACACUCAGUCGUCAUUUGGCAUCCUUACGUUUACAGAGGUGGCUGUUAGUGAGGUCGAUGAUACCUUUCAACUAACAUUCCGCAUACCCUUUGAGCGACCAAAGACUCUCCUCUUGGCCUCGCUUGCCUCGCAUGACAUUGCUGUUCGCCUGAGGCACGUCGAGGAGGACAUGAGGCCAGAGUGGGAAUCGCGGCCAUAUCAGUUCCUGGUGCCCGACGAUGUUCAACCUGACAUGCUCCGGCAGUCAAGUCCCCAGCCCAUCGACCAGGAUUCUCUUGAUCGUACGCUCAUAGGCUAUUGCGUGGCGUACGGCGUGCAGCCCGAGAACAUCAGUUAUCAAAUCACAUACCCCGAAGAAGACCAACCUCGCUUCGAACUCCUCCGACCGGUUGGACUGCGAAGACAACAGUACACUUCACUCGAACUUCUUGCUGUCAUGCGCUCGCUCCGAUACAACGAGACGUUUGGAGGCAUAUCGUUCAAGGAUGUGCAUCUGGAUGUCUUGAAUGGAUUGGUGGACGAAUUUGGUGCAGAACAUCUCUGCUUGAAGACGAAGCGAGGCACAUAUGUGCGUAUGGAUGCCGAUGAGCUUGAACGAUCUUGCUUACUGGUACAAGAAAUCCGCGCUUUGGCCUUGACCAAUCGCAAGCUAAGGAGGAUGGACUUUUCUUCCUGUAUCACAAGAAGACCCAAGGACCAUUUCGAUACAAAGGUCAAUGUUAGGGACGUUGGAUGUGGCAUUGUGGAGGCUCUUUUCCCGCUUUGCAAGCAUCAAACAACAAACGUUGACUGGAUUGCUCUCAACAACAUCCAACUCGGAGACACAGAUCUGGACUACUUGGUUGCUGCUGCUGUUGAGCGAGCCUGUCACCUGCGCGGGCUCGAGCUUAGUGGAUGUGGCCUGACUGAUCGCGCCUUGUCUCUCGUUCUGGAUUCGCUCCGGCCGCAAGAGAACACCCUCGAGGCUUUGGAUCUUUCGUCAAACGCCUACCGGCUAUCGCCUACCUUGUUCGAUUCUCAGAUUGGUGUGUUUGGAUACCUUACGAAGCUCAACCUAUCUCAUGUCGCACGGUCAUCGGGUGUCGAAGCGUUGAUUUCCGUCGAAACGUUUCAAUCGUGGAGGCUGCAGGAGUUGUGCUUGAGUGGGACCUCGCUCAAUGCUGCCAUGGUCGAUUCCAUAGCCAGCUACCUCGUCAACUUCAAGCAGUCGAAGAGCUUGCGCGAGCUUCGAUUGGACCAUUGCUACCUCACCGGAAAAGACAUCGCCUACUUACUGCAAGCCAUGACCGAACAAGCAGGCGUAGCUCGAGACCUGCACUUGGACGUUAGCGAAAACAACAUCGAACAAGACCUCGGGAAGAUGACCAAGGCUAUCGCAAACGGCCUUGCUCCUUCCACUCUCACACUUCGCCUGAUGGAGUUUGCAAAGGAAUCCGACUUUCGAAAGAUGAUUCUUGCAUUGGCAAAGAACAAUACUAUCCGCCAGCUCGAUAUCUCUCGCGCCUCCCUGCCAAGUGACGCCUCGGGAGAGACAUGUCAAGCUUUGGAGAAGAUGUUCGCCGAGAACAACAGCCUUGAGUGGCUUGAUAUGUCUGGGGAGGAUUCUCGACUGGAGACUACGAAGCUUGGCGUUGGCGUCAACCGAGCGCUGAGGGGUCUGCAACAUAACCACUCCCUGCGCGUCUUGUAUAUCAGAUACCAAAAGCUUGGUGUACAAGGCGCUAGCAGCCUUGCCGACGUCCUGAAGGUUAACAACACCCUGCAAUAUCUCUACUGCGAAAACAACGCCAUCGCACUGAACGGUUUCACCGACCUCGUCAACGCCCUCCACCGCAAUACCGGCCUUCUCUUCCUUCCGUCGAUGCCAGAGGGUCGGCAAAUGGCACUCAAACAAACCGAAGAUCAAGUCAAGCAAAUGCGCGACGACGUAUCGACCCACACACACACCAAAACACACUACGUCCGGAGCAAGCUAACCACCAAGGUUCCCGGACGGACACACAAGGAAAAGGUCUACCCCUCAGGCCUGUCGGACCAAGACAUCAAAGCCGCGCUCGGCCUAGUCGACGAGAGCUGGGCGAGGCAGGAAUAUCGGCUGCAGCAGUAUCUGCAGCGUAAUUAUAAUAUCGCUAACGGGUUCCCCGUGUUAAUGGACGUUGACGAUGAGGAGUUCGAACGCCCGGAUACAGCGACUAGCCUCGGCAGGAUCCUUGACAAGGUUACCACGGAGACUACGCCUACUGUGGAGAAGGAUGUUCAGCUUGGUACUAUGACACCACCCGUCGACUACGAUACUUCGAAUCUUGGGAAGCAGCUGGAGUUGUCGUUUUCGGGGAGUCAGGGCAGUUUCAUGUGA